ACGAGACGAGACAACGCAAACAAAAUUCGCUACGCUAUCCAGUUCUAAAUAGAGUAUUUGUAAUUUUCAUUGUGUGUUACUAUAAUUUGCAAAUGACUUGAAAAAGAGUGAUACAAAAUACUGUGCUAUUUACUUUCAUGUUCCGAAGUGUCCAAGUAUUAGUGGAGUAUAGUCAACAUGGCUCGCACCGUCCUGUUGUUUUGUUUAGUUAGCUUCAUUAACACGGUUGCGCCAUGCAAGGUGUCUUUGUCGAAUAAUGGCCCGGCGGUGCGUGGUUCCAACGUCACGUUCACAGCCACCUUAUCGCAGAGCUGUAUAGGGGAAAACCUGAAGUAUGUGUUUAUGGACAGCACGGGCUACACUGAUGACACUGAGUUUAUGUCCACAACCGGUGUCGUAAACUGGACCGUUGAAUACAAACGGAAUGUGUAUGCUGCUAACGAGUACACCGCAGAAGUCCAUGUGAAGAGGCUCUACAAUAUUAUCAACAUGUACAUUGAGAUUGCUAGAGCGAGCAGUGACUUCACUCUAACAGCAGAUACCUUACACGGCGGACUUGUUCUAAAGCAGAACAACGUUGUUCGUCCAAACACCUUCGUGGCAGUCAACAACACUGUCCACCACUACAUAGAACUACCCCAAGCCGAGAUGGACUUCCUCAAAGCUAACGCAUCCCAAGUUAUCACCUUCUGGUUUAUAGAUUGCAAAUAUAUCGAUCAAACCACCACCAUGUCUUUAGACAAUACUUAUACACACACUAUGAGCGAACACAACAUUGAUGUACUUGUUGUUGCUAACAACGAUCCUCUACCACCUAUAACAACAACAACAACUACCACAACUACCACAACAACAACAACAACAACGACAACAACGACAACAACGACAACAACAACAACAGAGAAACCAGCUCCAGUGUUACCAGCUCAUAAUAUAACCAAGCGGGCGGUCAAGAAGAAAAUUCCGCUUAAAGAUUUCAUUUGCCGUAAUACCGUGGUGCCUAUUGGGGAUCAUUAUACGUAUGGGCAUUAUCAAGCCACUUUGAAAGUUAGAGAACCAAUCUCCAAAAUAAACAUCACCGGUCGCAACUGGCUUCAACAUGGGGACCUCCUAAACCUCGAGGUCAAAUACACCGGCUCUCCCCCCUUCGACUUCUGCGCCCAAUACAAAAGGGGGGAAUAUAACAUCACUGGGAACGAAACAUGUUCCGUCACGACCAGGACCGUAGUCAAUACGUUCCCUCUCGUCCGGUAUUUUCUGGAUAGCGACCAGCAUACUGUGGUGGUCAUUAUUGAGAAUGAGAUGGGAAAGAAUGUGUCUAGAGCUACUAUUAAUAUUUAUAAAGCGCUGGUUCACGCGCAGCUAUCUGUGAUCGUGGUCCCCGUUGUGUUCUGUCUACUCGCCGUCAUAUUAGUGGUGUUCGGUGUGGCUUACUACCAGCAUCGUUCUAAAUACACAAUAGAAGUCGCCGACUUCGAUUUCGGCCAGCAAGCCAACUUAGACUACAAGACAUUCUCCGAGCGCCUUCGGGACAGCUUCAGGAGCGCCCUCAACCUACGACACGACUCCGAGACGGACCCACUCACUCCAAACUCGCGGUACGACUCAUAAAUGUAUACCAAAAUCUAUCAAAGUCCAGGAUUCUUGCAGUUUUCUACCAUAUCCUUCUUAAAACUUUCACUACCACACAAAAAAUGGCGCACUACGUUAGAAACCGGUCGUAAUUUGUAACCGCCCGCUUGUACGGCGAGAACCCGCCAAGCGGGUUCUCCGGCAUCUCAGCAAAUUUCACGAGUCCCACCAGGCGGGUUCUUGGUUGCGAAAGUGUUAAUAUGCGGUUGAAUCUAGAAAAGCGUUGAGCGAGAACGUUCAAGGUAGAUUUCUAAGAGCCGUCAACCUACGACACGACUCCAAGACGGACUCACUCCAAACUCGCGGUACGACUCAUAAAUGUAUACCAAAAACUAUCAAUGUCCAGGAUUCUUGCAG